AUGUGUGAUUCUCGAGUAAAGCAGAGGCAGCGGAGGAAGACGGCGGUGGCCGUGCCACAGCGGGCCUGGACCGUGGAGCAGCUGCAGAGUGAGCAGCUACCCAAGAAGGACAUUAUCAAGUUUCUACAGGACCACGGUUCAGAUUCGUUUCUUGCAGAACAUAAGUUAUUAGGAAACAUUAAAAAUGUGGCCAAGACAGCUAACAAGGACCAUUUGGUUACAGCCUACAACCAUUUUUUUGAAAGUAAGCGUUUCAAGGGUACGGAAAGUAUAAGUAAAGUGUGUGAACAGGUGAAAAAUGUGAAGCUUAAUGAAGAUAAACCCAAAGAAACCAAGUCUGAAGAGACUCUGGAUGAGGGUCCACCAAAAUAUAUAAAAUCUGUUCCUAAAAAAGGAGAUAAAACCAACUUUCCCAAAAAGGGUGAUGUUGUUCACUGCUGGUAUACAGGAACACUACAGGAUGGGACUGUUUUUGAUACUAAUAUUCAAACGAGUUCAAAGAAGAAGAAAAAUGCCAAGCCUUUGAGUUUUAAGGUUGGACUAGGCAAAGUUAUCAGAGGAUGGGAUGAAGCAGUCUUAUCUAUGAGUAAAAGAGAAAAGGCUCGACUAGAGAUUGAACCAGAAUGGGCUUAUGGAAAGAAAGGACAGCCUGAUGCCAAAAUUCCACCAAAUGCAAAAUUCAUUUUUGAAGUAGAAUUAGUGGAUAUUGACUGAAAUAGCAGCAAUGCUUCAGAUAUAAUGACAUCAGCAACAAUAAAACAUUGCCUUGAAGAAACUUAUGUAACUAAUUAGAGCUGGUUACUAUUGUAAGGGAAGAGUCGACUGGAAAAUUCAAGAGCUCAGAUAUUGUUUAUCCAAUCCCCAACUUUUAAUAUAUGUAAUCCAUUAUAAUUCCCUAAAGUUUGAAAUAUUUUACUACAGCUAUGUAAAAUACUGGUUAAGGAGAAAUGACUUUCCUUUACCUGUUGUAAACUAAAAGGCUCAAUAAAAACAUAUUCAGUGUCCAAAAAAAA